AUGGCGGCCACCUCCGGCCACGCCGUGGUGGUCGACAUCGACGAGCCAGCCUCCUGCGGCAGCAACAGCGACGCGGCAGGCAUGCGGCAGCUCCAGCCGGUGCUCCCGCCGGUGCCGUACGUGCUCCGCUUCACCGACCUCUCCUACAGCGUCAAGAAGCGUGGCGGCGGGCUGGUGGGCUGCCUCCCGUCGCGCCGGCCCAGCAACCGCCUGGCGUCCUUGGACGCGCCGGCAUCAUCCGACACCACCACCAACGACAACACGAAGACUCUCCUCGACGGCAUCUCCGGGGAGGCACGGGAGGGGGAGCUGUUCGCGGUCAUGGGCGCAAGCGGGUCCGGCAAGUCCACCCUCGUCGACGCCCUCGCAGGGCGGAUCGCGCGGGACAGCCUCCACGGCGGCGGGGCCACGCUGAACGGUGAGCCACUCCACGGGCGGCGCCUGCGCGCCAUCUCCGCGUACGUGAUGCAGGACGACCUGCUGUACCCGAUGCUCACCGUCCGCGAAACGCUGCUGUUCGCCGCCGAGUUCCGCCUUCCCCGGGCGCUGUCGGCCGACCGCAAGCGCGCGCGCGUCGACGCGCUCGUCGACCAGCUCGGCCUCGCCCGCGCCGCUGACACCAUCAUCGGCGACGAGGGGCACCGCGGGGUGUCGGGAGGGGAGCGCCGCCGCGUGUCGAUUGGGACGGAUAUCAUCCAUGACCCCAUCGUCCUGUUCCUCGACGAGCCCACGUCUGGGUUGGACUCGGCUAGCGCGUUCAUGGUGGUGCAGGUGCUCCGGCGCAUCGCGCAGAGUGGGAGUGUCGUCAUCAUGACCAUCCACCAGCCCAGCGCGCGUAUCCUUGGUAUACUUGGCAGGCUCCUCCUGCUCUCGCGUGGACGCACCGUGUAUGCCGGCACGCCGGCGGGGCUGAAGCCGUUCUUCGCGGAGUUUGGUGCGCCGAUCCCGGACAACGAGAACCCCGCCGAGUUCGCGCUCGACACCAUCCGUGAGUACGAGCGCAGCCCCGACGGCGCCGCCCCAAUCGCCGACUUCAACGUCAAGUGGCAGCACCAGCACGGCAGCAGCGCGUCGUCCGCUGCCGUGGACAAGGACAACAAGCUGAUGCCGCUGGAGCUGGCCAUCGCCGAGAGCGUGUCCCGGGGGAAGCUGGUGGCCGGGAGCGGCGGGCCGGGCGGCGGGAGCGCGGUGACGGUGCCGACGUUCGCCAACCCGCCGUGGACGGAGGUGUGGGUGCUCAUCAAGCGCUCCUUCACCAACACGGGGCGGAUGCCGGAGCUCUUCGUGAUGCGGCUCGGCACCAUCAUGGUGACGGGCUUCAUCCUGGCCACCAUCUUCUGGCGGCUCGACGACACCCCCAAGGGCGUGCAGGAGCGGCUGGGCUUCUUCGCCAUGGGCAUGUCCACCAUGUUCUACGUGUGCGCCGACGCGCUCCCCGUGUUCGUGCAGGAGCGGCACAUCUACCUCCGCGAGACCGCGCACAACGCCUACCGCCGCAUCUCCUACGUGCUGGCCAACGCCGUCGUCGCGUUCCCGCCGCUGGUGUUCCUGUCGCUGGCGUUCGCGGUCACCACGUUCUGGGCGGUGGGGCUGGCCGGCGGCGCCUCGUCGUUCCUCUUCUUCGUGCUCAUCGUCCUGGCUUCCUUAUGGGCGGGCAGCGGCUUCGUCACCUUCCUCUCCGCGGUGGUGCCGCACGUCAUGCUCGGGUACACGGUGGUCGUCGCCAUCCUCGCCUACUUCCUCCUCUUCUCCGGCUUCUUCAUCAACCGCGACAGGAUCCCGGACUACUGGAUCUGGUUCCACUACCUGUCGCUGGUCAAGUACCCGUACCAGGCGGUGCUGCAGAACGAGUUCAGCGACGCCUCCCGCUGCUUCUCGCGCGGCGUCGAGAUAUUCGACGGCACGCCUAUCGGGCACAUGACGGAGGCCGUCAAGCUCAAGGUGCUAGAGGCCAUCAGCAAGACACUGGGGACCAACAUGACGGCCACCACCUGCGUCACCACCGGCGCCGACGUGCUGGCGUCGCAGGCCGUCACGGAUAUUGGGAAAUGGAAGUGCCUGCUGGUGACCGUGGCGUGGGGCUUCUUCUUCAGGGCGCUCUUCUAUGUGGUCUUGCUCGUUGGCAGCAAGAACAAGAGGAAGUAG